AUGACAGGAACCAAAGGUCCAUUGAUUGGAGCUCGCCAUCUUCAAACCCUUUUGCUUUAUCUGACACUUGUGGUCAAUUUAAUUUCAAGACAUAGCAUUGCAGUUACUUUAGUCGCGAUGACCGAUGCUCAGACUACAAAUCCGAACUUUCCUGAGUUCGAUUGGGACGAAAAACAAAAAUCAUACAUUCUGAGCAGCUUCUUUUGGGGUUAUAUUGUAUCACAGAUUCCCGGAGGAUAUGCUGCUCGAAGAUUUGGUGUCAAAGUAUGUACUCUAAUUGGCACAUUUGGAAGUGCAAUUUUGGGUCUUUCAGUACCGUUUUGUGUAGUCUGGGGAGGUUGGCAAAUAUUUUGCGCCAUUCGAGUUCUCCAGGGUUUGUGUCAGGGUAUAAUCUACCCUUGUGUCUAUCAACAAAUUGCUAUGUGGUCACCAGUGGAAGAACGAAAUCUACUUGGUGCGCUGACUCAGACCGGUGUUGAAAGCGGUACGAUAGUGUCGAUGUAUGUUACUGGCAUUAUUGCUGCUUCGGAUUUGGGAUGGCCAGGAAUUUCGUAUAUUUUCAGUGGCGCUGGAGUGCCAAGAAAAGCAGAAAAGUAUAAAAGUUCCAUGGAAGGCCAUACUACUUCUGGUCCAUUCAUAUCAUAUUUAGUAGUACAAACUUUUGACAGCUGGGGCUUCGCAACGAUGCAGGCUCAAAUUCCAGCUUAUCUACAUGGAGUUUUGAAAAUGGAAAUCACGAAGAAUGCCUUAUACUCAGCGCUACCUUAUGUGGCAACGUUUGUAUUAGCGUUUACAUUCAUGAUAUCAGCGGACGUAAUACUGAAAAACAAAUGGGUUUCAUUGCUGGUACUACGAAAGAUUUUUAGUACAAUUGCUAUGUGGGGUUCAGCAGCGUUCUUAAUUGGUAUUGGAUUUCUAAGUGAAACUCAAACAGCCUUAGCAAUAACCUUUUUAACUUUAAAUGUCGGUUUGGCAAGUGCUUCGGUCAUUGGAAGUUUGUUGAAUCUAAUUGAUUUAUCGCCAAAUCAUAGUGGAAUUUUGAUGGGUUUUACUAAUACUUUGUUGAAUGUUGUUCCAAUUUUGAGUCCAAUUGUUGUGGGAUUAAUUGUUAAUGAUGCGACCGAUCGAUCACAAUGGCAAAUUGUGUUUCUGAUAUCAGCUGGAUUUUAUUUUUUGGGGAACUUGCAGUAUUUAUUUUUUGCACAAACUGAUGUCCAACCAUGGGAUAGUGAAGAUUAUAUGACGAAAUGUGAUACUGAAAGAGGAGAUAAAAUGACACAAGCACCUGUAAGGGAUAAUUAG